AUUCACAUUAUCCAGAAUGCCCACAUUCUGGCUUCCCGCCGUCGCCAAAGUACGAUAAAAAUUCGAAACCAUGAACCUAAGCCAACUAUCCACCCCAAAAUUCCACAGGCUCAUCGUCCCAUCCACAAUUACCCAUCGUAGUUCCUCAAUUGUUACACUUGCAAGUCAUUUCCCAGUCCUUUAUAAUUCAAAACAGAUUCGGCCUCUCAGACAAACCCAAUUUUCAACUAUCGUUUUCAGCUACCAGUCUCCUUCAAAUCCAAAUAGCAGCCAAGAAGACGAUAAGGAUGACCCAGAAGCCCAAGUUCAAGACCUACAGGUUCCCGAAAAUUGGUUGCUCCCUUCCAAGGCCCGCCAGGAAUCCGAGUGGCUUAGGUUGACCUUGCACAAAUGGCUGGAUGAUGAGUACUGCCCUGAGGAAACAAAUGUAGAAAUCAGUAAGGUUGCUGCCCAGUCAUACUAUGACUCUUUGGUAGAGAAACGGACGGACCUGGGUGAGAUUUUGUUGAAGAUGGUUAGAGAAUUGCAAUCCAUUUCCUAUCAGGAAAGCUUUCAUGGGGCAUUUUCCUCUGCAAAUGCUGCAGUGAAUUUGAUUGCCCAGCGGAUAGAGCUUCAAGGCCGGGGCACCAGCUUGUUUUCUUGGCAAAAUCCGCUCCAAUCAAGGCUCCUCCAAAAUGGGCCUGUUGCGGGAUACCGAUUACUUGAGCUGAGCUAGCCUACAGGUUGUAUACAUUUGAUUUUAUUCAGCUAAGCCUCGUAAAGUCUAGGCCCAAUUGAGCUUAACUCAAUUCUUCACCCUCAUGAACAACCUUUCCUUAGAUGAAGUUUCAUGCCAUCUUCCAUGGGAGUUCCAGCUUAUGCUAUUCCAGCAGACAAUAGGAUGCUCUAAGUUUUAUCAGCAAGUGAAUAUUAAGUUUCUUGCCAAUUUUGCAUGAGGUUAGUCCAUUUGACCAGUUCUAAGAUUUAUGCAAUCAAGUGAAUUUUGACCUUGAUAAGUAUUCAACUAGACUAAUCUUACUAGCAAACACAACCCUAUGCAAAGAAAACAAGUAAAGCAAAAGGACAAAUGGCUUGGAGUAUGUUUCACCGUUCAUACGCACGAUACAUUAACACUGCUUCCAAAAAUAUACCAACAUACCAUGUGAUUUGUGAGAAAAAAAAAUAGUACAAUUGUCAGCUAAGUGAUCAUUUUGUGUAGAAAUAAUUUCGUGAUAUUUGGUAAUAAAGUCGACCUACAUCUAAUGUGGAACUCGAAUGCGUAAUUUCUGGAACUAUAUACCAUCGUAAUUGUGGGGAAAGGAACCGCGACCAGUGAUUUUGAAGGGAUUGCACCCAUGAGAUUUAACAUUGAAGCUUGAGUAACAUAAGCUGUUCAGAAGGCACUCAUCACGAU